UUCGGAGGAGAACGCGCGUCCUUUUUCAUUACUCUAAUAAACGCAUGUUUCAUGUGUAUAAAACAUAAAAAAUUAGUGCAAAUUAGUUGAUAAACUUAGCUAAAACAAUAUAUAAACAAUUGGUGCAUUUCGCGUGCAUACUAAGCCCAUACUUUAGGGCGCAUAUAAAUAAACUAAUAUAAAAAGCAAUUGCAAUGGACCGACGCCUAAGACGCCCGCGUCGUACUGAGGAUUACUCAGCUAUGGCUGAACCAGCAGCAACACAGACUAAGCGCAGUGGCCCCACCGCCGCUCCAACAAUGCGCACACGUGCUUCACCCUCGCGGACCAAAGUGCCCGAGCCGGAACCCCCUCAACUGGAGCCAGGCUUAGGUCCGCGCACAAGACGCUCUAGCAGACCACGCUCAGCCGCUGGGCAGCCAACAGUCAUGCUAACCAAGACCGCGAUCAAGGUACCGACGCCCGUCAAGGAAGUCAUAGAGUUUUCGUCGCCUGUGCGCAACAGCAGCAGCUUACCCACAACAUUGACCACGAAUACAUCGACGCGGGCACCAAAUCAGCGAACAUUGACCUCAUCGGUGAAUAGCGCCAAUGCCAAUACCAGUCGCACAUACAGCAGCACAACAACAACCACGCAACGCAUAGAGAUACGCAGCGAAGGCGAUGAUGUGGACACGGAUUCUAUACGCAAGCGUUUGUCAGAACGCUUGCGUCGUUCGCUAUCCAAGACUAUAUCGAAUAUGGCUGGCACGUCCACCACCAAUACAGAGGAUGCUGGCAGUCGCUAUAGUCGCUCGGUGUCACGCUCUGUAUAUGAUGAUGACGAGAAGAGCUCCAAGCGCAGCUAUUCCACCGACGUGGAGUUUAUAGCAGAAGAGAAUGAGCCACUGGACGAUGAAGAGGAGGAAUUCCGCAGUUUCAAUGCAACGCGUCAGUCGGUGACGCCAGUGGGUGGCAAUGCCUGCCGCAAGUUGAAGCCACCCAGCGAGUUUGGCGGCUGGCCAGGCGCACUACUGCUGCUAGUGCUCUCCCCCGCAUUGGUCUAUUAUCUCACCUGGAGCUGCACGGCACGCAAUGCGUGUCAGUUCAAGCGCGCCAAUCUAACAGCGCUGCUGGAUUGGCAAUAUCUGUCGCGUCAGGUAUUCCAGCCUCAUGUGGUUGGCGUCUUUGCGGCCUAUCAAUGUGUUGUCUUUCUGCUGGUGGCCUUGCUGCCUGGACGUCGUGUGCAUUUGACGCGUGAGACUUAUAAAUUCAAUGGCCUCAUUGUGUGUCUUACGCUGCUCAUUGCUGGCGGCAUUGCAGAGUAUCUGAAGUUUCCGGUGGCCAACUUUGUUAUGCGGCACUAUUUACGCUUCUGCAUUUAUGGGUUGCUCAGCGCUUUUGUGGCAGCCUGCUGGAGCUACUGGCGCGUGGAUACCACCAAGUACAAUGUGCUGCGGCAGACGCUGUCCAAUGAUUAUGGACGCACUGGCAACUUUGUGGUGGACUUUGCUCUGGGACGGCAGCUGAAUCCCAAGUGGUUGGGACGCGUGGACCUCAAGCAGUACUACUAUCGCCUCUCGCUGGUCAGCACGCUGCUCUAUGCUGUUUGCUAUCUCUACCAGAUACUGCAGUGGCCACAAUAUCCUCAAGCUCAGGAGGGUUAUCUCUAUCUGCUGCGCUACUACUACAACAAUGUCAACUAUGAUGCGGGCACUUUGCUGGCGGCCAGUUCACUCUUGCUCUAUGUGCUAGAUGCCUUGCUGUUUGAGCAUCACUUGAGCUCCUCCUUCGAGCUGCAGCAUGAUGGCUAUGGCGCCUUGCUGCUGCUGCGCUAUGCUGCCACGCCCUAUUUGCUGAGCGCUGUGAGCAAAUAUUUCUAUGAGCAACGUGUGCCCAUUAGCUGCUGCUUUGCGCCCUAUGGCGCUUUGUUGUUGCUGCUGCUUGGACUGUUCAUCAAGCGCUAUAGCUGCGCAUACAAGUACAAAUAUCGUUUAAAUUCGCAAAGCCCACUCUUUGCCAACAUUGAGACCAUACACACCUAUCAGGGCAGUCGCCUGUUGCUGAGCGGACUGUGGGGGUCGCUGCGUCAGCCCAACUAUUUGGGUGACAUUCUGGCGCUCUGCGGUCUGGCUGCGCCAAUGUUCUUGCGUCUCGCCUGGCCGCCACUGCUGUCGCUGCUGUUGCUUGUGCUCUUAUUGCUGCAUCGUGCCACUCGCGCCAAUGCACGCAAUCAAGGACGCUAUCACUCCUCUUGGCAUCGCUACUGCUCACAAGUGCGCUACUAUGUCUUGCCCAAAGUCUACUAAGCUUGGAGCUCACUCGAAUGUUUUUUAAUUUUGUAUUUUUUUAUUUUUGUUUUUUAUCAUUCGAUAUUUGUAUAUAAACUACUAUACAUCCAUCUAUCUAUGCAUGUCCAUGCCACAAUUUGUAUACCCCACACCCCCCAUAUACCUUCAUAAAUCUUUUCAAACAAUUUUUAGUACAUAAUUUGACUCACCACAACAACAAAAGAAUGAUUUCAAUAAACUUAAUUUUAUAGAAUAAGCUGCUAGGUGUAUUAUAGUUUUAAUUAUAAUAUGUCAAC